AUGGAGAAUGAUAUGGAAGAGAAGUUUGAAGAUUGGAAAGGUAAAGAGGCAAUCCCAGGGAAACAUGGUGGGAUCAGAGCUGCAUCUAUUGUUUGUGUUGUGGUGAUGAUGGAGAACAUAGUGUUCAUAGCUAAUGGAUUCAAUUUCGUGAAAUAUUUCAUGGGAUCAAUGCAUUAUACACCAGCCACAGCAGCAAACAUGGUCACUAAUUUCAUGGGAACAUCGUUUUUACUCACUCUUUUUGGUGGUUUUAUCGCUGACUCUUUCGUCACUCAUUUCACAACUUUCAUCGUCUUCUGUUGCAUUGAACUCAUGGGAUUGAUCUUGUUGACGUUCCAAGCUCAUAACCCUAAGUUACUGCCUGAAAAAGAUAAAACACCUUCAACUCUUCAAUCAGCGAUUCUUUUCACAGGACUCUACGCAAUGGCUAUUGGUACGGGCGGUUUAAAGGCAUCGUUGCCUAGUCAUGGAGGCGAUCAAAUUGAUAGAAGAAAUCCAAGACUGAUCUCAAGAUUCUUCGAUUGGUUAUACUUCUCUAUAUGCUCUGGAUGCCUCUUGGCCGUAACCGUUGUGUUGUGGAUCGAGGAAAAGAAAGGGUGGAUAUGGAGCUUCAAUAUAUCCGUUGGAAUUCUAGCGACGGCGCUGUGUAUUUUUACUGUAGGGCUACCGUUUUAUCGGUUCAAGCGUCCUAAUGGAAGUCCGUUGAAAAAGAUUGCAAUUGUGAUUAUUUCUGCCGCAAGAAACCGAAAUAAAUCUGAUUUGGAUGAAGAGAUGAUGCGAGGUCUUAUCUCUAUCUACAAGAACAAUAGUCACAACAAGUUAAAGUGGAUAGAUAAAGCAACGUUGAACAAAAACAUCUCAGAAACAGAAGUUGAAGAAACAAGAACGUUUUUGGGUCUUCUACCAAUCUUUGGUAGCACAAUUGUCAUGAGCUGCUGCGUGGCACAACUCUCUACCUUCUCCGCACAACAAGGAAUGCUCAUGAACAAGAAACUCUUUCACUCUUUCGAGAUCCCCGUACCUUCUCUCACCGCCAUUCCUCUCAUCUUCAUGCUCUUAUCUAUACCUUUAUACGAAUUCUUUGGAAAAAAGAUCUCAUCAGGCAACAACAAUAGAUCAUCCAGUUUCAAUUUGAAACGCAUUGGACUCGGCCUAGCUCUCUCUUCGGUUUCAAUGGCGGUUUCUGCCAUCGUAGAGGCCAAGAGGAAACAUGAAGUGGUUCAUAACAACUUCAGAAUCUCUGUUUUGUGGCUAGUGUUUCAGUAUCUGAUGCUAAGUGUCUCUGAUAUGUUGACUUUAGGAGGGAUGCUAGAGUUCUUUUAUAGAGAAGCUCCGUCGAACAUGAAGAGCAUAAGCACGGCUUUGGGAUGGUGUUCAACCGCAUUAGGUUUCUUUCUUAGCACAACUCUUGUAGAGGUUACAAAUGCCGUCACGGGAAGGCUUGGCCAUCAAUGGCUUGGUGGGGAAGAUCUCAACAAGACAAGGCUUGAACUUUUUUAUGUGCUCUUGUGUGUUCUUAAUACUCUUAAUCUUCUGAACUAUAUUUUUUGGGCAAAGAGAUAUUAA